AUGAAGUUCGGUGCUGCCCUUCUUGUCAUGGCCACCUCGGCCUUGGCUAACAACCUUCGACGAGGAGACUAUGAAGACUCCGGAGACUACGACAACGGUGGUCACUACGAGGCUCCCGAGAACAACUACGGACAUGAAGACUAUGGCAACAAGCACGAGGUCACCGAGGUUGCUGUCACUUACACGACUACAACCGUCUGCCCCAUCACCUACACACACCACGAGGAGGGACACACCUACUACGAGACUAAGCUUACAACCUCUACACUUGUCGUCGCUGAGACCAAGACCGUUGAUGUGACAGUCAAGCAGCCUGAUGUUACCAAGCACUACACUGAUGUCGAAUAUGUCACCCACACCACUCUGUGCCCUGUGACCAGGACCAAGACCGUUGCUGGAGAGGUCAUCACUGAGGUUUACACGACCACUAGCUACAUCUACGAUGUUGUCAAGACCACCGACUACGAGCACGUCAAGCAGCCUGAUGUGACCAAGCACGAGACCGAUGUUGUCUACAAGACCCGAACCACUGUCUGCCCUGUCACUGUCACCAAGACCAUUGCUGGUGAGGUUGUCACCCAGACCUACACUACUACCAGUGUGAUCGAGGAGGUCGUCCAGUCUACCGACUAUGAGCACGUCAAGCAACCCGAUGUCACCAAGCACGAGACAGACGUUGUCUACACCACUCGCACCACUGUCUGCCCCGUCACUGUUACCAAGACCAUCGCCGGUGAGGUCGUCACUCAGACAUACACCACCACCAGUGUCAUCGAGGAGGUUGUUAAGACCACCGACUACGAACAUGUCAAGCAGCCCGACGUUACCAAGUAUGAGACCGAUGUUGUCUACAAGACCAAGACCAACGUUCACCCCGUCACUGUCACCAAGACUAUUGCCGGCGAGGUCAUCACCAGCGUCUACACCUCCACUGACUACGAGGUCGUCAAGGUCCACAGCACCGUCUACGACCAGGUUAAGCAGCCCGAUGUCACCAAGCACGAGACCGACAUUGUCUACCAGACCAAGUACGAGGUUUACCCCGUUACUGUCACCAAGACUGUUGAGGGCGAGGUUGUCACCAACGUCUACACCUCCACCUCCGUCGUUGUCGAGAAGGUUGCAACUACCAUCCCCGCCUACGAGACCAUCGUCAAGACCAUGGGCAAGGGCGUCGUCGUUACCCAGUACUCCAAGAUCAUCCACACCGUCGGUGGUGGCACCGUCUACCAGACCGUCGCUCCUGAGCCCACCACUGUCCAGCUUCCUGAGACCGAGGUUGUCACUCAGCCUGAGGUCACUGUCCCUGCCACUCCCACUCCCACUGCUGAGCCCGAGCCUGUUGUUAACGGCGCUGCUGUCGCCGCCAACAAGGCCCCCGUCUUCGCCUUCGUGGCUGGUAUCCUCGGUGCCUUCGCUCUCCUCUAA